ACGAAGUAGACAAUGUAGAACGUCCCAAUUCAUUGGCCCUAUCCUCAUAGUCCACGCAUCACAGGAACGUUCCCACUGCCAUAGGUAUUUAUACGGAUCCACUACGCAACUGGGCUUUCUCUGUGUCUCCAACAUGCCUAACAACAACCACCGUGCUACUUCUGAACCUGAUAAACGUGAUAUUGCUAGGGACAAGGCCAAAGAAGCGAAGCGGGAGAGUCAACAGUCGUAUAGGGAUAAGGAAUCCACGUCCUUAGACCUGCUCGCGGAAAAACUCCCUGGUCAUCCGACAAGAAGAUAUGAUGUUUUAAUUGGGGCUCGGGAUUACAUAGAAAUGCUGGAAAACAAGAUCACGGCUAUGGAGAAUGAGCUUGCAAAUAUGAAACGCGGAUUCGCCACCCCUGAACAAAAUUAUGGAAAUUACGGUGCCGGGGGUGCGAAUACGGCUAGCGGAAUGAGUAUCGACGGAUGGGCCACCCCUGGUCAAUAUAGUACCUACAGUAAGAGAUAUUAGCAUGUCAGUGUACGUUUGCGCAGUGGCGCUGAUACAAGGAACAGGCCUUUCGAUGGCGGGUUAUGGGGGUAUGG